AUUGUAAACACAACAACAGACUACAUGCAGAUAUAAAGUAAACACAAUAUGCUUCAAGCCUUUAACUGGUUAUGGUGCAGUUAUCUAUUUUAUGAGUUAAUGUGUUCAAGUUUUGACUAGCAACAUUUAUUUACUUAUUUAUUUUUAUUAUGGAAUACUAUGCGGCUCACAGCAAUGUCCCUACCUUCCCUAAUUGCAAGGGUGUUCUAGCAGUUGAACUCAUACAAUUUCCAGUUUACCCUAUACUUUUUCUUACAAAGUUUGGUUAGAAGAUGAGUCCCCUUCCUCACAUAAUGUCCUGGAACUGUCAUAGGCAUGGGUAUGGAUAUCUUCUAGGACAGGUCUAAAAACUGUAAUGUUAUUCCUAGGAACUCAAACUAGUGAAGAUGAUUUGUUUGACACUAACACACCUGAAGCACCAACAGAGGAUGUGAUAUAUAAUAAUGAUGAUGCUGAUGAAGAUGCGGCAGUUGGGGAGGGAGAGCAAGCAAUGGAUGUUGAUGAAGGGGACCCAUUGUGGUCACCUGACAUUGAAUUAGAUGCCACUUACAUGAAAACUGGAGAUGAUGAUGACAGUGAAAAGGGUGAAAAACCAAGGUUGACUUGUGAGGGAAAGAAUGUGCAACAGGAACCAAAAGGAAUUGUCUUCUUAUCAAAGUUACUGCUCCUAUUCCAAUACUGCCACCUGUGCUUUGCCACAAGUCCUCAUAUCAGUGUGUCACAGACAGGGACAAUGAUAACGAUUAAGACAACUUGCAGCAUGUGCCAGGGAAGUUACGUUUGGCAGAGUCAGCCGUAUCUCCUUGGAAGGUUUCCUGCUGGAAACCUUCUGUUGAGCUUCGCAAUCCUUUGUGCAGGUGCUUCUGUUUACAAAGUGUUGUUGGUGUUCAAGCACAUGGGGAUGCUUGUGUAUUCCCAACCCACUUAUUAUUACCAUCAGAGGCAUCUCCUAAUACCAUCAAUAAUGAAGUUUUGGCGCAACUACCAGGCUCAGAUUCUGGAAAAACUGAAUGGUAAAGAAGUUGUGCUUGCAGGGGAUGGCCGCCACGACAGUAUGGGCCACUCAGCAAAAUAUGGAACCUACACCAUAUUUUGUUGCACUGUGGGCCUCAUCAUCCAUAUUGUACUGAUCCAGGCCAAUCAAGCCGGUAGCAGCAGCAACAUGGAAUUUACAGGCCACCAAAAGGCUUUUGCCUUCCUGCUUGGCACAGGCAUGAUUAUAAAGGCCUUUAUUUCUGAUCGACAUAUGCAAAUAGCCAAGUGGAUGCGGGAGACUUGUCCAAAGAAGUGCAAAGAGCUGGGGAAGCCUGUCAUUGACCACUUCUUUGACCUAUGGCACAUUAGUAAAAAAAUACAGAAGGCUCUUAUCAAGUUAAGCAAAGAGAAGGGGUGUGAGGUAAUUGGGAAAUGGCGGAAGGCAUGUGUGAGGCACUUGUACUGGUCAGUCACCUCAACUAUGCCUAACCAAGGGGAAGUCAUACUGGCAAAAUUUCAGUGCCUUUUGUCACAUAUCAUCAACAAGCACAAGGAGCUUCCAAACCGUUUAUUUAACAAGUGUGCACAUGGUCCAAUCACCAGCCCUCGUGUUUGGUUAACAAAAGGUACUUACGGCACUGUGUUUGAACAUCUUUACUGAUUCAUGAAUGCUCUUGUGACAGUUAAUGACUUUCAACAUCUAGAAAAUUCACUCUUUUUUCACUUAUGUUUAGUAGAAACAAUUCAGGUAAUGUGGCAUAAAUAGUGGAAUGCAAUAACAAUGUACAUACAGUAUACUUGUGUUCUUUAUAUGUGUUCAUUAUAUGGCACCAAUAAAGCCAUGUACAUGUAUAUAUGUAUUUCACAGGG